UAAACAACCGACGCUUUUUGCGUACGGUAUACGUUGUUUUCAUCCUGUGCUGUUUUUAUGAAGCGUGUUUGGUUUAGUCUGCGAAACCAGAUAAGAACUAUGGCUAAUAUUCCACCAAGGAAAAAUUCGCCUACCAGUAAACCUUCUAAACAGGAUGCAUCGCCGCUUCAAAUACUUCUACAGAUGGGUUUUCCAAGACACCGGGCAUUGAAGGCUUUAGCUGCUACAGGGAAUCGCAGCGUACAGCUGGCGUCAGAUUGGUUGCUGACGCAUGUAAAUGACACUUACAUCGACGCGGACGAGCCUAGGGAGUACAUUCUUUAUGCAAACCCGACGGGGGCGCUGCUCACGCAACUGCAUGACUUUUGGGCCAAGUCUAAAAAGUUGGGAGGGUGGAAUGGAGCUCACAAUUUCCCCCCUCAUAUUACACUAAUUUCAUUUUUUAAGGCGCCUGAUGAGACCUCCCUGCAACUGGCUAAAGCAGUAAAAACUGUUAUAGAAACAGUGGGGGAUCCCCCAGGCUGCCCGCUGAAACUGGACCCUUACAUCUCGCAGAACUUCAUGGGACUAUUUGUGUCCGAGGAACAUGCUGAGUAUUUAAAGAAGAUUGCCGUGCAGUAUGUCAAGCAAGUUUCGUCCUUGUUGGGUGUAUCCAUGGAUACAUAUGAACAUUUGGAUGCCCUCGGGACUUGCUUCCCCUGGUGCACAAUGCCCCAAGAGAAACCAAUUAAAUCCAUUAACUUGGAGGCGCAUGUGAAGUCCCUCCACAUCACACUGGCGUACCACUUUGAGGUGGCAGCGUUCGACGGUCUGAAGGCGCUGGUCGAUGAGCUACAGCCCCUCGAGACAUCCAGCUGGGAGCUCCGGCUCUACUCCAGGGAUCCCAAGUUCGCUAAUCACCAGGUGCACAAGGUGACGCAGGGCUACUCUCCGCUGGCGAGCGACGAGUUGGAGCUGGUACUCGGAGACUACAUCUACAUCGAGGAGAAGGCGUUCGACAGCUCGCCUGACGGGUGGGUGCCGGGCACCUCCUGGCUCACGGGUGUGAGCGGGUACUUGCCGGCUGUGUUCACGCGGCGCACGGCCGAGUCGGACGCGUGGACGCUGCACCGCGCCAUAUCGCUCGGGAAUAACAGCGGUUCGGAUUGCAAGUCCGAAUCAGACUCGAACACGGACGGGGAGAUGGCCGGAUACCCCCACGAGGACGCGACUCAACUAGGGCACGACAAAUCCGAGGAGGUGUACAAGGAGUGGCAGAAGUACUGGGAAGUCGUCAUGACGGAGCACAAGAGCGAUAGCAUCGUCAACGUUACGCAGGGUACUAGUAUCGACUGGAAAUCAAACUCACAAGGAACUGGUGAAGGAGAAGCUAAAGCUAAGCCAGACCGGCGCUGGUUCUUCACGAUGCGGCACGGCGAGCGCGUGGACCUCACCUACGGCUCCUGGGUGCCGUUCUGUUUCGACGAGGCUGGCAAUUACGUGAGGAAGGACCUCAACAUGCCGCUCACACUCGGGGACCGAGUGGGCGGCAGCGGCUCAUACUCCAAAGACACGCCGCUGACCCGAGUAGGGCGGCUGCAGGCGUCGCUCGUGGGCGAAGGCCUGCGUCUGGCGCAGCAGCCCAUAUCGCACGUGUACGCGUCGGCAGCGCUCCGCUGCGUGGAGACUGCCCACUGCAUGCUGGAAGGUUACCAAAACCCGUCGCUGAAGGUGAAAGUAGAACCAGGUCUGUUCGAGUUCAAGAACUGGUACCUGUCCAAAGGGGGGAUGGCGCCGUUCAUGACGCCGCAGGAGCUUCACAAAACUGGACUCAACGUUGACUUGACAUACACGCCGUACAUAGACCUGGAUAUUACCACGUCAGAGACUUUAGAAGAGUUUUAUAAAAGGAAUGAGCUAGUAAUGCAUUCGGCGGUCAAGGACACUGAGGAAAAAGGCGGCAACAUAAUGUUCAUCGGUCACGCGGCGACGCUCGACAUUAUGGUGCUGGCGCUGAAGCGGCUCGCGGCCGGGGGCGAGCACGAGCACGAGCACGAGCGCGAGCACGAGCCCUACACGCUGCACCCGCACCUGCUGCGCGUGCCGUACUGCGCGCUGGGCGCCAUGCGCGACCGGCCCUGGCAGGUGGUGUCGCCGCCCUGCCCGCCCUCCAUCAACUCCAGCUCGGGCCGCUUCGACUGGAGGAUCCUGCAAGACUUGUAAUGUGCUGUGUCGGGUCAGGGUAGUGGCGGCCUGGAUCACCGACUGUCGGACGUGCACGCGUCGGCCGUAUUGUACGGUGGCGUUCACUAAUUAGAGUCGUGUUCGGAUAUUGAUGUUCGCGCAAGUGUGUAGGUGUAAAUGAACGUGACCGGAAUGUCUGAUAGUUAAGCACCGUUUUAACGAGUAUACGGUGACAUAUAUUAACCGACACGUUUCUGUCUUCCCAUUAAAUGUGACGCUGUAUACGGCGUAAGGUCCUGUGUUAUGCUUAUUCGGGUAGUUAUGUUUUCGAAACAAUAUAUCGUGAGCGUCA